CUCCUCCUCCUCCUCCAAGGAAGGAGGUGGCUGUCUUGCUGGUGGGUGGGUGGUUUCCAUCUUCAGCAUCACCAAGCCGGAGGGAGGGAGGGAAGGAGGAAGGGAGGGGUGAAUAGAUGCUGAUGUUGUGCUCUGAAGCCACCUCCAGAGAAGGGAAAAUGGAUCUGGCUCACCCAUCCCUCCUUGCCUUUCAGCAUCUUCCCUUAGCUUCAACAUGGACUGCCCAAGGAGGCAACGAAGGGCUCUUUUGGAAUGCCGCACAGUAAGUGCUGGGUCAACUUGGAUGGAAAGGAUUAAAACCAUGGUUGUUCCUGUCUGAAGAAGAUUUAUCUUGCACAGACUCACCGUAGCCAACAGCCAUGUCAAAAAAAGGACGCAGCAAGGCUGAAAAGCCUGAGGUACUGAUUAUGUCCUUACAAGCUGCCAAUGAAGAUCUCAGGACCAAGCUCACAGACAUUCAAAUUGAGUUGCAUCAGGAGAAAUCUAAGGUAAGUAGGCUCGAAAGGGAGAAAACACAAGAAACCAAGCGGAUCCGGGAGCUGGAGCAGCGCAAGCAGACAGUGCAGAUUACUGAACUGAAAGCGAAGCUCCAUGAAGAGAAGAUGAAGGAGUUGCAGGCUGUGCGGGAAAACCUCAUCAAGCAGCAUGAGCAAGAAAUGACACGGACAAUGAAAAUUAGAGACAGUGAAAUUCAGCGACUUAAGUCAGCUCUGUUUGCCUUGCGGGAAGGAAGCAGUGACAAAGUACGGACAGCCCUGACCAUUGAGGCUCGGGAAGAGGCUAGGAAACAAUUUGACUCUGAGCGCCUUAAGCUUUUGCAAGAAAUCACUGAGUUAAAGUCUGCCAAAAAGCAGAUGGAUGAAGCCCUGAAUAAUAUGAUCCAAGCAGAUAAGAUCAAAGCUGGAGAUCUACGAAGUGAACACCAUUCCCAUCAGGAAGCCAUCUCCAAGAUCAAGUGGGAGAGUGAAAGGGAUAUCCGCAGACUGAUGGAUGAGAUCAAAGCGAAAGACAGAACCAUCUUUUCUUUGGAGAAAGAGCUGGAAACCCUGACAGGUUACGUUCAGAAGCUUCAGCUACAGAAAGAGGCUUUGGAUGAGCAACUCUUCUUAGUGAAGGAGGCUGAAUGUAACAUGAGCAGUCCCAAGAGGGAGAUCCCAGGCAGAGCAGGAGAUGGCUCUGAACACUGCAGCAGUCCGGACCUACGCAGAAACCAGAAGAGGAUGGCUGAACUCAAUGCCACUAUACGGAAGCUUGAGGACAGGAACACACUACUUGUAGAUGAGCGGAAUGAGUUGUUGAAACGUGUUCGGGAAGCUGAAAAGCAAUGCAAACCUCUCCUGGAAAGAAAUAAGUGCAUCUCCAAAAGAAAUGAUGAACUCAUGCAGUCCUUGCAGCGUAUGGAGGAGAAACUCAAAGCAAUAGCAAAGGAAAACCUAGAAAUGAAAGAAAAAAUGACAACGCAUCCUCCUCUUAAGAAAUUAAAAUCUCUUAAUGACCUGGACCAAGCAAAUGAAGAACAAGAAACUGAAUUUUUGAAGCUUCAAGUUAUAGAACAACAAAAUAUAAUUGAUGAGCUGACACGGGACAGAGAGAAGCUUAUUCGGCGGAGGAAGCAUAAAAGAAGUUCAAAGCCAAUUAAGAGGCACAUAUUGGACACAGUUUAUGGGGGUGAUGAUGAUUCAAUGGACUCUGAAACUUCAUCCAUGGCUUCAUUCAGAACAGAUCGCACACCAGCAACACCAGAUGAAGACCUAGAUGAGAGCUUAGCAGCUGAAGAAUCAGAGCUACGAUUUCGACAACUGACAAAGGAGUAUCAAGCCUUGCAAAGGGCUUAUGCAUUACUGCAAGAGCAAACAGGGGGCAUCAUUGAUGCAGAAAGAGAAGCAAAGGCACAAGAGCAGUUGCAAGCUGAAGUCCAGAGAUACAGAGCUAAAAUAGAAGACCUGGAAAAAACCCUGGCUCAGAAAGGACAGGACUCCCACUGGGUAGAAGAUAAGCAACUUUUUAUUAAAAGAAAUCAGGAACUUUUGGAUAAGAUAGAAAAACUGGAAGCAGAUAACCAUCGAUUGCAACAAGAAUUACAGGAUGCCAGAGAUCAGAAUGAGCUCUUGGAGUUUCGAAAUCUAGAGCUUGAAGAAAGAGAAAGAAGGUCUCCACCCUUUAAUCUGCAAAUCCACCCUUUCUCUGAUGGUGUAAGCGCUCUACAGAUCUACUGCAUGAAAGAAGGCGUGAAGGAUGUUAGCAUUCCAGAUCUCAUAAAGCAGCUGGACAUCUUGGGCGAUAAUGGGAACUUAAGAAAUGAAGAACAAGUGGCUAUAAUUCAAGCCAGUACUGUCUUAUCUCUGGCAGAAAAGUGGAUCCAGCAGAUUGAAGGGGCUGAGGCAGCUCUGCACCAGAAGAUGAUGGAACUGGAGAGUGACAUGGAGCAAUUCUGUAAAAUAAAAGGUUACUUAGAGGAAGAAUUGGACUAUAGGAAACAAGCUCUUGACCAAGCCUACAUGAGAAUCCAGGAGCUUGAAGCCACAUUAUACAAUGCUUUGCAGCAAGAAACAGUGAUAAAGUUUGGGGAGUUGCUCAGUGAGAAACAACAGGAAGAGCUUAGGACAGCUGUUGAAAAAUUAAGAAGGCAAAUGCUAAGGAAAAGCAGAGAAUAUGACUGCCAGAUCUUACAAGAGAGAAUGGAACUGCUUCAGCAGGCACAUCAGAGGAUCAGAGAUUUAGAAGAUAAAACUGACAUCCAGAAGAGACAGAUCAAGGAUUUGGAAGAAAAGUUCCUCUUUCUAUUCUUGUUCUUCUCUCUUGCCUUUAUCCUUUGGCCUUGAUGUCAAUGUACCUGUCGCAAGAGUGAUGGACCACAAAGAAAAGUCCUCUGAAGGGCCGAUGCUUCCAAACCCAUGAAGAAGAGAACACUGUUUACAACCAUUUCACAACAAAGCAACACUCCGUAGCUAAGACCACACCCACCAUGUAGUUUAAAGCCAUUUUCCAGAUUUGUUACUUGACAGUUCCUGUCUAAAGCUACAAUAUAUGCUGCACUUAAUGAAAUUCUGUAAGGAGGAGAAUAUCUCAUCAGCGUACACCACAUGGAUUAUUCCCCUGCCCUUUUUAUUUUCCUUUCUUUCCUUCUUUGUAAAGAGAAAGAAUCAGCAAGAAGCCACAGUGAGCAGACUGAGUCAAGGUAUGUCAGGCAAGGAACCAAAGUGACUAUGAACACUCUAUCCCUGCUGUGCAGGGGGGUUAUUUUAAACAUAAACACCAACUUCCCAUGAAAGUCUUCAAUAGUAAAGGGAACAGAGCAAAAGAAAAGUAUUCAGAAGACAAGGACAUUUUUUAAAGGUCAGUUUGGAAAGUCGGGCUUUCAUAAUACAGGGACUCUUUUUCUCUCUGAUUUUAAACUCAGGAACAAUGACAGCAGCAAUGUGAACGAGGGGAGAAACAUAUUCUGAUUUUCUUUCAUAAUGGGUGGACAAUGGGAUUGAUCCAAUUGGAACAGUAACCCAGCAAGGCGGACCAAGCUAGAGAAAACAGCUGACAGUGCGCUUGAGGAUUCCUAACAAUGCUGUAGCCUUAUCUGUCCUUUUCCUGUCAUCAGGGCCCUUUCCAUUAAGGACAACCUAUGGAACAUGUUUGUUACGUCAAGUAAAGAACUCUACAUGAAUGGAACACUCAUUUCACUAGCCGUUGGGUGGACUUGGAAUGGGGCGGAAGGUCCUCUGACCAAGAAGCUGUCAUGUCGGAGAGGAGGCAAAUGCCUGCUGAUCAGGCCUCAGCUUCUAAGAGUUUCUUCCUCUACUCAUCUCUGUUUAUUGUAGAGUUGAACUUAUUUUAUGCAAUAUGUUUUCCCUUGUCAUGGUUAUUUUCUCAGUCGGCUGCAUGAACCAAAAUGAGCAAACCCAAGGAACAUCCUUUUAUUAUCUCACCUGCCCAUGACAAAUACAUAUCUUGCUGCUAAGAAUUGGCCUGUAUUGUUCAUUAAGGUUUGCCCUGAAGCAGCAUUUAUCUUCCACUUGCCUGUAGGUUUCGCUCAGAUUUAUGAGAUUUUUUUCCAUGUGGAAAUAACACUUGCUCAUGCAAAGUCCUGCUUAGAAUGGCUAGCCUGUAUUUGGGCAGGUUCUGAUGAUUGGCAACUUGCACAGAAGCAAAUGGCAUCCUUGUGCUGAAGGCAGAGAUAGAGCCUCUUUUGGUCUUUGAGCAUUAGAAGAAUCUCAGCUCUGUUCCCAAGGGUCCCAACUGACCUGCUCUUCCAUUUUGCAAUUGUAUUCCCCUUUUAUAGACUAUAGGGGUUUUUCACUUAUUGGUACACUGGCAAAAUUUAAGUAAAUCUCAAAAUAUAAAUAUAGCAAGCAUAGUAUUUGCUUGUGGUUGUUUUCUCCUGAAGUAAUAUAAAUAAUAACAAUGGCCAAUAUUAAGAUUUAUGCUACAUAGUGCUCGGUACUCAUCAUGGGCUUUACCGUUCACAUAUUUAAAUGACUGAUUUCUGAAUGUUGGAGACACCACAGCUUCCCAGCCCUGCCAUCUAUCGUACCAAGUUCCUCAGCACCAGACCUAUAUUUAUCUGAUCCAAUCCUGAUAUUAGUCAUAGCCCUCCUAUCAGUAAGAAGGAGAAAGCAGCAAUGACAAGAUGAACAACACUUUCUCUUACCAGUAGAUACACGCUACUACUUUCCUCUUGCAUUGCAAAGAUUAUUUUAUUUUGACCAAGUGUGUCACAGCAAAAUCUUGAAAAUUCAAACCUCUAAGGGUCCUUUUAUUAGUCAGCUUUGAUGGGAAUAUCUAUUUUAGCAGAAAUUUGUAAAUGUUCCAGGAUUUAGCCUAAUUAGGUAGGAACCAUCACCAGCAGUCAAUCAUUCACUUGUGUGGUCCUUGGUCUCUGAAACAUCAUUUUGUAAAACAUUUCAGUUGAUUUUGUGUUUAUAUUCAUAUUACUCAGAUACAGGGCAAAUAGUCUGACUAGCAUUCUGGAUGAAUGCACCACACAUUAUCUCCCUGUUAUAAUUCUGUGCUGGGAGAUUCUGUUGAUGGGUCAGCCAAAGAACUGGCAAGGUAUGCAACUUUUAGCAUUAGAGAUAACAGAUUCAAUGAUGGUUAUACUCCAGCAGGCUUUUAUCACAAAACUGAAACUGGUGUAAAGAGAUGCAGCAUUAUUCUGAUAUCUUACCCAGACUGUAAUUCUUAUCUUCCCUUGGCCUUUUUUGUAUUCUUGAUAACUGUCUCACCCAGCAUGAGUGUCUGUGGAUGAUUAUAAGCAAUACAAUAUCUAAAAUCAUCACACAGCUCUAAAGGCAUAGUGUCCACAGGUGUCACUUUCCUCCAUGACAGCACCAAAGAGAAAGGAUUGUUGUAGUUGAUGGAAGUUGCUUUUUGCAUCUGAUUUAGCCUUAGAGGAAACUUCCCACAUAAUCUUGAAUUCUGAGGAAAACCCCAAUCAGUUUGCUGUGAAACCUCAUAAGUGUUCAUGCAGAAUAAUGGCUUUGUGGAUACAUUGUAGAACAGUGCCUCUUCAACUAACCAAUAUGUGGAACAGGUAGUGUUUUUCUUAGUCUUCCAGGGACCGGCACCAGAUUUAUGCCCAUUGACUACAGCUAGGAUUGUCAGUGUGAAAACUGGAGAUAGUUCCUCUACCUUUAAUGGUUAUACAGAUUAAGCAUACCUGGACGAGUGAUAAUCAAAACCUACUGAAAUUUCAUUUUCUACACAAUUGCUGGUCCUAAAUAUCCAAAAGACACCAGAUCCCACCUGAUCUUGGAAGUGAAGCAGGCUCAGACCUGAUUUGUCCUUGGAUGGGAGUCUGCCAACAAAUACUAAGUGCUUAGACUAUUUUUCAGAGAAAGGAACUGGCAAAAUCACUUCUGAAUUAUUCUGGCUUAGGAAAAACUCUAUGAAAUUCUUAUAGGGUUGCCAAAACCCUUCAGGCAACUUGAAGACACACACAUAGUUGUUAAAGGUACAGGAACUGUCUCCUUUUCUCACUUUGGCAAUUCCAAUUACAGCCUUUUCCUCUCCUGGACAUUUUUGGGGACUUGCAGUCAAUAGCUUGCAUCCUGGCACUGGUCCAUGGACCACCAUGUUGAGUAGCACAGUUGUAGAGAAUACCAAGAACAAUCAGUGGUAGUGAGAAUCAGCUGUCAUUCAUAGUAGCUUUUCUUUCAUAACCCAUCUUCUUUUGUGUGUCUGUUUUGUUGUAUCUAUUACAAAAACUUAUUGAAGUUUCAGUGUUGUGGUUCCACAUGGAAUAUUUAGGAUAGGCUUCCUGUUUAUAUUUCCCAUUGAGUACAGUUUGCAACAUCUCAAUUGGAAAUAAGACCCAUAUCCUUCCAUCAACUUGCUUCCGUUUCCUUUCUCUGCUUCAUAAUUUACUCAGGAGAGCCUAUUGUCACAUGGCAUCCUGUGAAAAGUCAGCUAGAGAUUGUGAAUGUCAAAUCUCAACUCAUUCCCAAAGGGUUUGUAUGGAUGGAUGUUCUUCACACCACAAUGAGCAUUAUCACACAUGCAAGGAGCUCAAAAACAGUCUUGAUUUCUGUAACAUUCCAUUACCUCAUUUUUAAAAAUCCUGACCUUGAUACUGAAACAGAAUCGGGGUUUGUUUUUUUUGUUUCACCACAAAUUAAAAAGAUUCUGUCAAUUUGGACCAAGAAGAACAUAAAGCCUGUCUGCUUACAGAAUAGUGCUGUAAUUUUCUUUCAAACCAUUUCCUUUGUUCUUGUUUUGUUUCUGGAUUCCAAAAUGCUACCAGAUAAUUUUAUGCUGCAAUUUAUGUGACACCUUGUCUUCAGUAUGUGUGUCAGAUUUUUCUAUUAGUUACUGGAUGGGCUGAUAUUCAUUUUCUCUUUAUACAUAAAUUUCUGUGUUUUUGUGAAGGAACUGUUAAGAUGCAAAGUUUUGCAAACAAACGCAAUGUUUUUAAGUACAAUAGUAUCCAGUUGAGGAAAGGAAUAAUUUACCACAGUGCACAUAAAACAUGAUCCCUUGUAUCGAUAGGAGAUAUGCUUCUGGAUUUCACACGGAUAUACACAACUGCAGAUAACUGAAAGGAAGGCCUUCUGGCAUAAGAAUAUCAUAGAGUUGCACUGGAGGACCCAAUAGAUGUCCAAAGAGGAUAUAUUUUUCAGGUAGGGAUAAAUGAAGCCACAGAAACCAGUCCUACAGUUAAGGAGGCCAUGCUGUACUGCCAAGUACUGCCAAGUACAGCACAGCUUUAGAAGUAGAAUUUUUGCCAAGUCCAACUUCCUCAGAUCCAGGGCUAGAGUUAAGGAGGAGGGGCAAAAUGAAGACAUUGCCCCACCUAAAUUCUGCUACCCUAAAAUGUUCAGCCCCCAAAUUUCUAGCAUUGCAAUACAUUAAAACUUUCAUUGAGCAUUUAGAACUGCUAUUUAGGCAUCCAAAAGAAAGGGGCAAGCAAAGUAGUCAAGGCAAUGCAAACAUAGCAAAUAGAACACUUCUAUCUAUUUAUAAUUAUCAGUCUCCCUAAGUAAUGUGAAAAUUCAAAGAAAAAAUUGGUGAGCUUGAAUACAUUUUCCUAGAUGCCUUGGACAGGUUUAUCAGAACACCAUUUGGCUUGAGGUUCCCCUUUAAUGGAGGUAGAAAUAGAUUUUGUUAAUGUAAUUACAUUUCUCAAUGAAGAUUGGCCAUACCUGAAGACAGUGAGGGGGUAAGGGUAGGGCAACUGGCUUUAGCAGCUAAUUUUUACAAUCCUGAAUGCUGGCAAAAUCUUAAAUAAUGUAUGCAUGUUAUAAAUUUCAUUUUGUUUUCUUUCAUUUUUAUCCUACUCUUCUCCUAAGAUGGGUUCCAUUUUUACUACCAAUGUGAAAAAAUGGCACUUGUAAGACUUUAGGGCCAUCUCCGUGGGAAAUAUAUCUGGGGCUAGAUCCAAAGCAUUGCUGCUUUGAAUCAUACCUGGAUUCUGUCUUGGUGUUUAGACCAUUCCACUCCCAAUCUAUGUCAGACUAGUUUGUCGCAACAGGAGUCACAGAGCUCCAGACCACCGCGGUGCCUUUGCCAAUGUCAGCAAAGAUGUGUGUGUGACUUGAAGAAAACAGGGAAAUCUCCCUUGGAAAGUGGCUAUGUUGGCAAACUAAAUGUGUGGUCUAUUAUUUCUUUUUUUUUUCCAGUGAAAGUAAUUACGGUCAUUGCUGAAUGGAGUAAGCAGCUUUCUGAGAUAAACUUUUCUGGUGAUUGUUCUUAUUACAUAUGUUGGCAGCCCUAUAAUUACUCCGUAUGUCCAAAUUGUUUGUGGUCCUGCAAUUGUUUGCCUUUAAUUAAGCAAUCUUCUAUUGAGAAAAGAUUUCCUGUUUUAUGAUGGAAAGUGUUGUUCAUCUUAUCAGUUCCAAUUUUCAUUGCCAGCUACACAUACACAAAGAAACAUAAUGGGAAUUCCUACAACAGUCUUGUAUGUAUCCCCUCUAUUGUGCUGGUGUAAUAUUUGGAGUGUACAAGAGGUGUGACUCAUGGAGCUACAUUUCUCUUACUAUGCCCCCAGGACCUAAAAUUAACAAAUGGUUAUUCAGGCUACACAUAUAGAAAACAAAUACUAUCAAACACAGUAAUAAUUUUGGCUUUUUGUUUUUGUUAUUUUUUACGAGCUUAGAAUUGAAAAAUUUAAACACUCAUAGAAAAGGCGAAACAGCACAUUUUCAAGUGUGAUACCUUUUAAAAUUAAAUGACUUUUCCAAGAUUUGUGCACUUUAUAGUGCUUUUAAUGCACUUUAAAGUGAAAUUUUGCCUUUCAUGCCCAUGUAAUGCUUAUCGCAGGUAAUUCUGAUUAUUUCUCUGAACACUGCAUCAGAUCAAAAAACAGUCUAAAUAUGAACUUGUUUCUAACAAGGUAACAAUGACUGUCUAAUGUUAUUGAUAAGAUUAAUCAUGUAUAUGCCAUUGUAAAUCCUUUCUUCUGCUCUGUGGCAGAUAUCGCCAGAUAACAUGUAAUUUAAAUGCCUGUAAAAUUCAGUUUGAUGUAUUUAUUUUUUAGCAUUCUGGAAAUGGAGGAACUCAAAUUUGGAUUCCUUCACAACAGGUCUCAAACACUGGCCAAGGAGGUUGCUUUGAUGGUCUGUGGCUUGUUGUCUUUAAUCACAUAACAAAACACGUUUCUAGUCCCAGUUAAAUAACCAACGAAUUUAUCAUGGCUUCUCAUUCUAUUCCCAACCCUUUUAAUGGCAGGGAAAGAUGGGACUGCUACUUAAGUCAAUGUUCCCCAGCAUUCUUAGCAUGCUGAAGAAACUUAACAUUUUCUCACCUAUGUCUUUGGUAUUGUAAUAUGUUCUUUGUGUAUGCAUGUUCAUCUCACAUUAUCUAAUACAUACAGCCAAUCCUUUGAUUAAGUCUUUGGAGGGGGACAGGAAAUGCCCAGCUGCUUGGUUAAAAAAAGUAUGCUACAUGAAGCAUGGACUGGUCUGUCAAAUUUACUCUGUAGACUUUGGAGGGGUUUUCUGUCUCCUCAGUGCAAUGCAAUCUGUGCCUAAUAUCCACUUCUUGACAGUGACUCUGCAAACCCUCUAGAGAUCAACAUGAGGUCACCUUUAGGCUAAGUAUGUAUGAGCAAAUACAUACAUUUACUAUUGUACAUAUAUAUAUCUAUCUCUAAUGUAUAUAGUAGGAUGUUAUUAGUACUUAUAAAAGUGUACUUCCAAUUCUAAGACUGAUAAUGUGUUGUUGAAAGACAACAUGAGUAAUAGUUGGUGGUGAGUUUGAUGCCAGGUCUGGUACCAUUGUCCCAUGCCACCACCAGAGUCCUUGGGACAUAAACAGCUCAGCCUAGGUGAUCACAAAUGCUUGGGGAGCUAUCCCAAACUCACCAAAAUGUCAAAAGAGAUUCUAAGAUGUUUGGCUGAAAACCCUGAGUCUUUUCCCAAAAUGGAAUCAGAUACUUCUUCCCAUCUUCAUGAUUCAAUUUGGCAUCUCAAAAGUGUUUCUUUGUGGUGCCCUGCGGCUUUCACUGACACAUGAGUAUUGAGAAAGAUCACAUCCUUCAGCCUUUUGUCAAUGCAGGUAUGGGAGGAAUGCUUCAUGUGACAAACACUGGGCCAAAGCCAGCCUUGCGUGCAGUUCAGCAGUAUUACUACUCACAGGAAUCACAAUUACAAACUUUCUCUUUUGACAUAUCAAAGGACACACAAAAUAGAUUAAAUAUAAGUAUGGUAAACUUUCCAAUGUCUCAGCCUCAGGUCAGUGUGACAAUAUCAUAAAUCACAAAAUGUUUUUCUCUGCUAUCUCUCGGUUGGACUAAGCUGACCAGCCCAUUUUUGCCCCACUGAGCUUAGAUCCAGCAAUUUGGACAAGUAUUGCAUUUUCUCUCCACUGCACCUCCCUGUAUAUAACUUGCUCCCAUUUUUGUGUCUAUAAUUCCAGAAGAGAACUGUAAAUUAUUUGGCAGAAUGAGCCUUUGAUAAACACUGCGGCCAUGUACAUGUACUGUAUGUAUUAACGUGUAGAUGAGAAUCCUUAUUGUAUGUAAAGUUUUAUGAAUGGUUAUUUUUUAAUUUAUGUAUUUAAUAUAGGAUUCAAUGACCUCUGGUGUUUUAGUUUGUAUAAAAAAAUUAAACAGCAUUUUUUAAAACUUUA